AUGGAAGAAGUACAGGACCUUGCGGCUGCGAGGGGUCGAUCUUUGGCCAAAGUCAAACACGUAUGGCAUAGUAUCAUCCAGAAGUACUCUUCGCUGGGCGAGGACGAGCAAGGAGACGUGUUGGACAUGCGUACAGGAGACAUAGUACAAGAUUCGGGCCAUAUACGAUCAAUGCGAGACUCAACCACAAUCAAGGGGUCUGUGUGGACCAGUCUGGCCGAGUUGGAAAUGGAGCGAAAUAAGAGCCCCAAGUCGGAGAAAAUCCGCCGAAACUCGGGAGAUCUGCUCCCUGCUACGCCCAUCAAGAAGUCACGCAGCAUGAUGGGCACUUCGCCAUUCACGUCGAUAUUAAUCACUAGCGACUCCGAGGACGACGUGACGCCAUAUUUCGAUAACCAGAAAAGUUCCCCGCGACGAACCACGCGGUCGUCAAUUGCUCAGAAAGACAAUCUCUCAAUUGGCAAUCGGGAAAGUAGUCCCGUCACGCCAAUUCGUAAAAGAGAAAGACCAGACUUAAAGGGCGACGAUCCUUUGAGAUUGUCGCCUCCGGUGUACAACUACGACGAAAACUACAAAAUGACAACCUCGUUGUUCAAAUCAAAGCCCCAGAACGCAGAGGGCCCGCUUAUCACGCCUUCCAAAGUGCGCCGGUUCAAGGCCGCACUCGCACACAAAUCCAACGAUUCCGGGAACACGCGUCUCAAACGUCUGUUAUGGCUGAGCAAGCAGAAAAAGGACUAG